AGAUGGCACAUCACCACCGUAACACCCACUGGCAGUUGGCUGAGGCCUAAAAGUGGCCAAGUCUAUGAGGUCCUUCCCGAGCUCGGCAGCAGGCUGAUAAUGAAGAAAGUUGCUUGAUGUGAUUCUUUGCAGGUGGACUCUGUCAAGAAAAGCCCAAAAUAUUCGUUACCAGACACGCAACCGGGAGAUGAACACAAAGCAAGGAUGGGGGAAACAAAACAGAGGAGUGAUGAGGGUCCUUCUCCAUCUCCCAGCCCUCCUGGCUUCCCUCAUCUUGCUUCAGGCUGCAGCAUCUACCACAAGAGCGCAGACUACCAGAACCUCUGCCAUCUCCGAUACUGUGAGUCAGGCCAAGGUCCAAGUCAACAAGGCCUUCCUGGACUCCCGAACCAGGCUGAAGACCGCCAUGAGCUCUGAGACUCCCACCAGCCGACAGCUCUCAGAAUACCUCAAGCAUGCCAAAGGCCGGACGCGCACAGCCAUCCGCAAUGGACAGGUGUGGGAGGAGUCUUUAAAGAGACUGAGGCAGAAGGCAUCCUUGACCAAUGUCACAGAUCCCAGCCUGGACUUGACUUCACUGUCUCUAGAGGUGGGCUGUGGUGCUCCUGCUCCCGUGGUGAGAUGUGACCCGUGCAGCCCUUACCGCACCAUUACGGGAGACUGCAAUAACAGGAGGAAGCCUGCGCUGGGCGCCGCCAACAGGGCUCUGGCGCGCUGGCUGCCCGCGGAGUACGAGGACGGGCUCUCCCUGCCCUUCGGCUGGACGCCGGGGAAGACGCGCAACGGCUUCCCUCUCCCUCUGGCCCGGGAGGUAUCUAACAAGAUUGUUGGCUAUCUGAAUGAGGAGGGUGUUCUGGACCAAAACAGGUCCCUGCUCUUCAUGCAGUGGGGUCAGAUUGUGGAUCACGACCUGGACUUUGCCCCUGACACCGAGCUGGGGAGUAGCGAGUACUCCAAAGCCCAGUGUGAUGAGUACUGUAUCCAGGGAGACAACUGCUUCCCCAUCAUGUUCCCACCCAAUGACCCCAAGGCGGGGACUCAAGGGAAAUGCAUGCCUUUCUUCCGAGCUGGGUUCGUCUGCCCCACUCCACCCUACAAGUCCCUGGCCCGAGAGCAGAUCAACGCUCUGACCUCCUUCCUGGAUGCCAGCUUUGUGUACAGCUCCGAGCCAAGCCUGGCCAGCCGCCUCCGCAACCUCAGCAGCCCCCUGGGCCUCAUGGCUGUCAACCAGGAGGUCUCAGACCAUGGACUACCCUACCUGCCCUAUGACAGCAAGAAGCCAAGCCCCUGUGAGUUCAUCAACACCACUGCCCGUGUGCCCUGCUUCCUGGCAGGAGAUUCUCGAGCCUCAGAGCAUAUUCUGCUGGCCACAUCCCACACCCUCUUUCUCCGCGAGCAUAACCGGCUGGCCAGAGAACUAAAGAGACUCAACCCUCAGUGGGAUGGAGAGAAGCUCUACCAGGAAGCCCGGAAAAUCCUGGGAGCCUUCGUGCAGAUUAUCACCUUUAGGGACUACCUACCCAUUUUGCUAGGUGACCACAUGCAGAAGUGGAUACCCCCAUAUCAAGGCUACAGUGAAUCUGUGGAUCCCAGAAUUUCCAAUGUCUUCACCUUCGCCUUCCGCUUUGGCCACUUGGAGGUCCCCUCUAGUAUGUUCCGCCUGGAUGAGAAUUAUCAGCCAUGGGGGCCAGAACCAGAACUCCCCCUCCACACCCUCUUCUUCAACACUUGGAGGAUGGUCAAAGAUGGUGGAAUUGAUCCUCUGGUGCGGGGCCUGCUGGCCAAGAAAUCCAAGCUGAUGAAACAGAAUAAAAUGAUGACUGGAGAGCUGCGCAACAAGCUUUUCCAGCCAACUCACAGGAUCCAUGGCUUUGACCUGGCUGCCAUCAACACACAGCGUUGCCGGGACCAUGGGCAACCUGGGUACAAUUCCUGGAGAGCCUUCUGUGACCUCUCACAGCCGCAGACACUAGAGGAGUUGAACACAGUGCUGAAGAGCAAGAUGCUGGCCAAGAAGUUACUGGGUCUCUACGGGACCCCUGACAACAUCGACAUCUGGAUAGGGGCCAUUGCUGAGCCGCUGGUGGAAAGGGGUCGGGUGGGGCCUCUCCUGGCCUGCCUCUUGGGCAAGCAGUUCCAGCAGAUCCGUGAUGGAGACAGGUUCUGGUGGGAAAACCCUGGGGUCUUCACGAACGAGCAGAAGGACUCUCUACGGAAAAUGUCCUUCUCACGCCUUGUCUGUGACAACACCCGCAUCACCAAGGUCCCACGGGACCCAUUCUGGGCCAACAGCUACCCCUAUGACUUCGUGGAUUGCUCAGCCAUCGACAAGCUGGACCUGUCACCCUGGGCCUCAGUGAAGAAUUAGGGGCCCGCGCUGCACAGGAAAGUUCCCUUUGGUCCACAGGGCCAUUUCAAGCAAGUUCAAUGACCUGGUCCCUUAGAGCUCCAUACCCCAGUCCCAGCCCUUCUUUGCAGCUGGGCCUCUCUACACCCCUGGGUGAACAGCUUGCUCAGGCCCCAGGGUGGCUGCCUCGGCCCUCCCAGCUCUUACACUCGGCUCCUGUGGCUUCUCCUUUCUGUCAAGACUUAGCCCCGCUGAGAUGCCCUUCUGCUCCAGCUUGCUGGAUGUUACCUGUCCUCUUCCCUCCACAAGUCUUGGCCCUUAACCUUUAUCUUUCUUCCUGUCCUCUCACCUAGAUUGUAAGCUCCCUGGGCCAGGACUUCAGCCUGCCUCCGAGGGUCCCCUGUGGCACCUAGCAUGGUGCACAGCACAUUAGAAGUGCUCAAAAACAUCUGAUGACUGACUAAAGAUGCUAGGCGUGACACUGUUCCCUCCAAAAGCAGACCUUGGAAUCACUGCCAAAUAAGUAACUAGACAUUUACAGGCCA